UGCAUCUUGGGAUAAAGAAGCUGUCGUUGUAGUGUUGAACGAAGUCCUUGAACGUGAGAUGAAUUUUUUUCUUCAAGACUUUUCAAAUACAUUUUUGAAAAACUGCUAACGUCAGUGGCUCAUAACAUUGUUAACAAACUACCGAGUCGUGGUUGUGUAGCUGAGAGAAAUGGGAGCAGAUAAAAGGAUUAGUCGGACAGAACGUAGCGGGAGAUAUGGCUCUGACCAGUCCCGUGAUGAAUCGGAUUGGCGUGACAGACGAGAAAGAGACCAAGAGCGUGAUCACAACAUGCGCCGCUGGGGAGAAGAGAGACGCAGUGAACGUUUUGAAGGAGAUCGUCGAGGAUCUAGAGACAGUCCAGAGCAAAGAGAAAGGAAACGACGCAAUAGUGAUCGAUCAGAAGAUGGCUUUCACUCUGAUGGCGACUACCCAGAGCAAGAUUACAGAAGGGAGCCUGAGGAGGAUAAGAGGAGCAAGACCAUCAUGCUCUGGGGUCUGUCUCCUCAUGUCACUCAGGAUGAUAUUUGUUUUGCCAUAGACCAACUGGAGGGACCGCAGCCAGUGGAUGUCAAGCUGAUGAAAAAGAAAACAGGUAUAAGCCGUGGUUUCGCCUUGGUGGACUUUUAUCACUUGCAAGAUGCUACCCGAUGGAUGGAGACCAAUCAGAAUCGCCUGACGAUCCAAGGCAAAACCGUGGACAUACAGUACAGCCAGCUCAGGAACAAAUAUGAAGAUUGGCUCUGCAACACUUGUGGCCUGUACAAUUUCCGGAGGAGGCUGAAGUGCUUCAGGUGUGGAGCAGCCAAAGCUGAUAGUGAAAACAGCAAUAAUAGUGGAGUCUCUGAAACUCAACCCACUGGAGAUUUCUAUGGGGACACAAUCAUCCUGAGAAAUAUAGCUGCUCUGACCACCGUGGAAGCCAUCUUGACUGCCCUGGCACCAUAUGCUAAUCUUUCAUCUAACAACAUUCGCCUUAUCAAGGACAAGCAGACGGGCCAGAACAGAGGCUUUGCCUUUGUACAGCUGUCCUCUCCUCUGGAGGCCUCUCAGCUGCUGACCAUCUUACAGGGACUGCAGCCGCCUCUAAAACUUGAUGGAAAAACAAUUGGGGUGGAUUAUGCUAAAAGUGCUAGAAAGGACCUUUUGCUACCUGAUGGGAACCGUGUCAGUGCCUUCUCUGUGGCCAGCACAGCCAUUGCUGCAGCCCAGUGGUCAUCAAGUCAGCCACAGCAGAGCUCAGAGGGAAUGUCGGAGUACAGCUACCUGCAAGAAGGCUACACUCCAAUGUCACAGGACUACCAGGCGUACUACCAGCAAGGAGCAGGACCCAGCACCUCCCAGGGAAAUGGGAUUCUUGGAGCUGCCCCGGGUGUAAAGAUUGUUCCAGCUGCAGCUGGAGUAGUAAUCGCACAGACUGCACAAGUCUACCAGCCCCAUAUAAUUGGGCAGCCAGUUAUUCAGGCAUUGCCACUUGCCCAGCAGUUGGAGGCAAAACUGCACACGGGACAUCUCCCAGGCAUCGACACUGCAUCUGUGCCUGUUGGCACUGUAGCUGCAGCCACUGUCACCACCACUGGUGUUGUAACAGCUGACAACAUCACUGCUCCUGAUACGUCAACCUAUCAGUAUGAUGAGUCCUCUGGCUACUAUUACGAUCCUCAGACUGGCUUCUAUUACGACCCCAACAGUCAUUAUUACUACAACUCUCAGACCCAGCAGUAUCUGUACUGGGACAGUGAGAAGCAGACAUACGUACCCGCGUCAACAGACGCAAAUGCUGGACAAGGUGAAAACGCAGCAGCAAGCGGCAAAGAACCUAAAGAGGGCAAGGAGAAAAAGGAAAAGCCCAAAAGCAAGACUGCUCAGCAGAUUGCUAAAGACAUGGAACGGUGGGCCAAAAGUCUCAACAAGCAAAAAGAUAACUUCAGAAGUAGCUUUCAGCCUAUUAGUCAAGAGGAGAGGAAGGAGGCAGCAGCUGCUGACGCUGGCUUCAUUCUGUUUGAAAAGAAGCAGGCAGGCACUCUGGACAGACUCAUGCAAGAAGUGGUCAGGGUCGCUGAGGAGGAGCCACCAAUCAGCUCAGUCAGCACUUCCAAGUUUGGCCUUGUGGCUGCCUACAGCGGAGACAGCGACCCUGAGGAAGGCGUAGCAGAGCCUGAUAGUGGCGACGGAGGCCAGGACAAGAUGACAGACUGGACAAAGUUGGCCUGCUUACUGUGUAGGAGACAGUUCCCCAGCAAAGAGGCUCUAAUUCGACACCAGCAACUCUCUGACCUCCACAAGAAAAACUUGGAGGUUCAUCGCAGAACUAGAAUGACCGAAGCGGAGCUGGAAGAGUUGGAAAGAAAAGAAACUGAGCUGAAAUAUAGAGACCGUGCAGCUGAGAGAAGAGAAAAGUACGGCAUCCCUGAACCCCCAGCGCCCAAAAAGAAGAAGUUUGCUCAACCAACACCUGUCGUUAACUAUGAACAGCCCACUAAAGACGGCCUUAACAGUGACAACAUUGGGAACAAAAUGCUGCAGGCCAUGGGAUGGAAGGAGGGGAAAGGUCUCGGUCGUAACCAGCAGGGCAUCACUACACCAAUUGAGGCACAGUUGAGAACAAAGGGAGCUGGACUUGGCACUAAAGGCACCAACUACACCCUCUCUGCGUCAGACACGUACAAAGAUGCAGUCCGCAAAGCCAUGUUUGCCCGCUUCACCGAAUUGGAAUGAGUCGUUAGUCUCACGCUCAAAUGAUUUAUCGUCAUGGCCUGCAGAUGAUGCGCUCCAUGCUGCAUGAUUUUUCUCCGUCUAUGAUGAUUAUGCCUUUUGUCAAAAUGGUCAAACCAGACAGUAAGAAAAAUCUGCAGUGGAGGCGUAAAUGGUAUAAUUUAUAAGUUGUACAUAGGUAAAGUAAAUUUACUUCAUUUGUUGACAUAUUUCUUCUCUGUCGAUGCCCUUUUUUUGUCUCAGCAUGUUGAAAAGAUUGUACAGUUUAUACAAAAAUCUUGUCAGUUUGUACAGAAAAUAAAUGACAUGUGAUUUA